AUGCUUUAGUAAACAUCCAACCCAGAAGAUAUAGAUAAAUUGGCAAAGUUGACUUCAUUUAAGAACAUUUACGAUUUUACAAUUACCUAUAACAGGCACAAGAACAAGUAUGGAAUGAGACUUAAGGACUUCCCUGAAUCUUACGGAAUAUAUGAUUCCUCAAUGAAUUACAGAUAUGAUCCAGAUUACUAUUACAAAUUUAGACCUUAAAGACUAAGAGUCAGAUAUCUGAUUGCUGGGUUCUUUAUGUUUAUCUUUAUUUGUAAAGCCAGAGUGAGAAAUGUAGAGGAAUUUGAUCGGUAAAAAAGAAUGGAGCAGAGAAAUAUGUAAAAUGUUGAAAUAGAUGAAGUUUAUGGUAAAUAUGGCAAGUAUACUCUGUACAAUCAGUUUGAUAAGCCAGUUAAUGAGAAAAAUUUCAUCAAUAAAGACUCCUAUGUAGUAUUUUGGUAUGAUGCUAAGAUGAAGAAUUACCUUACAUUUUUGGAUUUUCUAAUUAAAAGGAAAUUCAUUCAGGGUAAUGUCAGAGCAGUCUUAAUCGUAGAUAGAAUUGAAUAUAUGACUAACAUAGAAAAAAUUAAGAGCGAAAGUCGAGAUGAAAAGCUGAAAAGUUAAAUGAAUGUAAUGUUGAAGAAGUAAUUCACAGAUACUGAAAAGCUAGUAAAAGCAUUUGAUAAUAGUAGCAGCUAAUUCUAAAAUGAAGAGGUAAAUAAGGAGAAUGUUAUCGAACUUGAUUUAAAAAAAAGUUUCUUUUAUGUUCUCACUCCAGAGGGAAAAAUCAUUGAUUGCGCGAAGAUUUACAGCUUUUUACAUGAAGAAAAUAUACAUAAAAGAAUUAUGGCUAAGAUUUCAAAAGAUAUAGAUGAUAAGAUGACAAAGAGUAUUUAGGAGAAAUGA